AUAUUAAAUGUGACGUUUACCGAUGUUUAUCAAAAAAUUAAUCAUAAAUAAAAGACUUUAGUGAUUUAUUAAAAACUAUUUAUUAAUUUAAAUCGUAUUUCGUGCAAAAUGGGUCAAAACACAUCAAAUCACGUUCACGAUUUUGUAUCGUCGUCUUUUGCUAAAGUUUUGGUUGAUGAAUCGCCCCCAAUUGUUAUCGAUGAAAUAAUUACGAUUUCUUAUGAGGAGUUUACCGCAAAACUCGGAGAACUAAAUACAUUAUCGCGUAAGUAUUUAGAUUCGGAAGGAAAACAACUUUUAUUUGCCGUAAAAAGCAACACUGAUUCAACGAUACUCUGGAAGGCGUUUGUACAAAUUGCUUGUAUUAAAAUCGACCCUUCAACGAAUCAAGUUAAUACGUACAGACUUUUAAGCCUCAAAGAAUUUUUACAAGUAUUUCAAACUUUAAAGUGUCAAUUUGCAGCCGUUGAGGAUUGUAAAACAUCUAGUUUAAAUGCAUCGACCGUUUUUAAUUUUGUAAAUAACGAAAUUGAAGAAAACAGUUUUGACAGCAGAAAUUUGUGUUGUAUCUGUUUUGAUAAAGAAAUUGAUGUAUUGUUACCUUGCACACACAGUUAUUGUUCAAAUUGCAUUGAAGAAUGGAACGAAAAAAACGAUACUUGUCCAAUUUGUAGAGAAAAUUUAGAAAGUACUGAUGACACUUGGGUACUUUCUGAAGUACCAAAGGCUGAGGAGAUCAGUGAAGAAAUUAAAAAGACUUUGAUGAAUCUUGUUUCAAAGUAAUAAUUUUAAUAUAAUAAAGUUAAGUAACUUGAAAUAAAUUCUACUAAAUAUUUUAUUUUUAUA